AGCUGUCCGCUGUCUGCUAGAAGAAAUAAACCAGGCUAUGCUAGCAGGGCAGAUAGUUAGCAGCGCAGAGAGCAGGGUUACAGUCAGUGUAAACUCCGGAGGACAGCGGAGACUGGACAGGAGCGGGUCUUUCACCUCCAGCUAUGCGGCCGUUGAGCGCCUCAGCUCGCUAACGGCAGCGCCGUCCGGACACUCAGGGACUGAUGUCGAUGGCAAACCCGUCAUAAAAGGCGACAUCAACAGGAACGGGUUAGCUCGGAUUCAAUGUUAUUGUUUAUCAAAAAACACAUAUGGUCACAAUGUCCUGCUCUGGCAACCUGGUUUGGGAUGUAAAUAAACGCUUAAUUGGAUACAACGAGCCAAACACCAUCAGGACCAACUAUCUAGGCAGAAGAGAGUUUGUCCAGAGACUUAAACUUGAAGGGACUCUGAAUGUACACGAUGGCUGUGUCAACACUAUAUCCUGGAACGACACAGGUGAAUAUCUCCUGUCGGGGUCAGAUGAUACCUUUUUGGUUAUCUCCAACCCUUACAGCAAAAAGGUCAAGAAGUCCAUACGUUCAGGCCAUCGGGCAAAUAUCUUCAGCGCUAAGUUCAUGCCCCACACCAAUGACCAGGAGAUCAUCUCCUGCUCUGGAGACGGCAUUAUCUACUACACCAACACUGAGAAGAGUGCUGAGCACAACAGACAGUGUCAGUUCACUUGCCAUUACGGAACAGCGUAUGAGAUUAUGACGGUACCAAAUGACCCCUACACGUUUCUGUCAUGUGGGGAGGACGGCACGGUGCGGUGGUUUGACCUUCGCACAAAGACGAGCUGCACUAAAGAAGACUGCAAAGAUGACAUUCUGAUAAACUGUCGAAGGGCAGCGACCUCUAUAUCCAUUUCUCCCCUGGUGCCGUACUACCUGGCUGUCGGCUGCUCUGACAGCUCAGUGCGAAUCUACGACAGACGCAUGCUGGGCACCAGAGCGACAGGUAACUACAUGGGCCGGGGGACGACGGGCAUGUGCGUGAGAUUCGUUCCGGCUCACCUGGCCAACAAGUCAUGUCGCGUAACUUCUCUCUGCUACAGCGAGGACGGUCAAGAGGUGCUGGUCAGCUACUCCUCAGAUUACAUCUACCUGUUCGAUCCCAAGGAUGACCAGGCCCGAGAGCUAAAGGGCCCGUCUGAGGAGAGGAGGGAGGAGCUGAGGCAGCCUCCAGUGAAGCGCCUCCGUCUAAGAGGUGACUGGUCUGACACUGGACCCCGAGCUCGUCCUGAGAGUGAGAGGGAGAGAGACGGAGAGCAGAGCCCGAACGUGUCUCUGAUGCAGAGGAUGUCAGACAUGUUGUCCCGCUGGUUUGAGGAGGCCAGCGAAGCUCAGAGCAGCAGAGGAACUCGGCCUCAAACACGACCCAGAGGAACCGCUGUCCGUCCAGUGGGGGCGUCGAAUACGCCAGCUUUCCCUGCAGGAGGCUCCGAUCAGGGGUCCAGCAUCCCUGAAAGGCCCGUGGGGACAGACGCCCCAGAGGUACCUGCUGGCCCUGCUGCUGCGGCUGCCGCUAUACUUAAAUCCACUUCCUCUUCCUCCUCAGGGUCAUCCUCAACAGUCACAGCACCUCCUCCUUCUAGCUCCUCGUCAGUCGAGAGUUCUGCCCCUUCCUCCUCCCCCCUCACCUCCUCGCCUGACUUGGAGCAGAGGAGUCAGACAGAAACGACUGGGACCCCCACGCCGACGCCCACCUCAGAACGCGCUCUCUCAGAUUCCCCCUCAUCUGUGGUAAACAAACAGCUGGGAUCCAUGACUCUUGAUGAACAGCAGGGAGCAGCAGAAGCUGCAGGUUCACCUCCUGAUCAACCUGUUUCUGUACCAGCCAGCGGCAGCGCUCCCACCGCGACCGGCACCAGCCGACCCAGUGCAGCAGAGCCAGUCCUCAGCCUGCACUACAGCUCAGAGGGAACCACCACGAGCACCAUCAAGUUAGACUUCACUGAUGAGUGGAGCAGUAGCACAUCCAGCUCUAUGGGCAGCGGUGGUGCUAAAACAUCUGAGGCUGUGGCUGUACAGAGCAGAGAGAGUCUAAAGACGGAGAGCUCUGUGUCAGAGCAAGCUCCCUCUCAGUCCUCGGGGCAGCAGAGUGUGCCGGCCGCAUCCACGGAGCCGCCGUGCGACGCCUCCUGCUCCGGUGUUCUCGGCAGCUCGGCAGCAGGUCAGGCGGCGGGCUCCUCUGCGGGAGACACCGUGGCUUCUUCUCCACUGGAGAGGAGUCCACCGGAAGGUAUGGAGGACACGUCAGGAGGCUGUCGGAGAGCGGAGCCCACAGCGGAGGAGGGGCAGGGGGGAGAGGAGGGCCAGAGUCAGCCUGCACGGGUCAACCAGGACUCUGAUGACAGCGACGACGAUCCGAUUCUCAUCCCGUCAACGAGGUUCAGAGGACAGGGACAGAGACGCUCAGCAGCUGCUCGCAUCCAGGAGCUGUUUCGCAGGAGGAAAGAGAGACGAGAGUUGGAGGAGAGUGAGACCCAGAAUAUCAGGAGACCCUCAGUCAAAAUGGUCUACAAAGGUCAUCGCAACUCGAGGACAAUGAUAAAGGAGUCCUGCUUUUGGGGCAACAACUUUGUGAUGAGCGGCUCAGACUGUGGCCACAUCUUCAUCUGGGACAGACACACCGCAGAGCAUCUCAUGCUGCUCGAAGCCGACAACCAUGUGGUCAACUGCCUGCAGCCACACCCCUACGACCCCAUUCUGGCUUCUUCAGGGAUAGACUAUGAUAUCAAGAUUUGGUCACCACUGGAGGAGUCGCCAUCUUUCAACAGAGUUCUUGCUGAUGAGGUAAUAACUCGGAACGAGCUGAUGCUAGAGGAAACUAGGAACACAAUCACAGUCCCGGCCUCUUUCAUGCUCCGAAUGUUGGCCUCCCUUAAUCAUAUCAGAUCAGAUCGACUAGAAGGUGAUCGCUCCGAAGGUUCGGGCCAGGAAAAUGAAGACGAGCAGUAGCCUGCUGUCAUUUUUAUUUUAAAGAAAACACUAUUUCUUUUUGCUGUAUAGCAACCUGAGAUUUGUACAAGUAUAGUGUAGAAUACUUCCUUUUGAAAAUUAGUGUAAUUUCUAGCCCCCUUGUGUUUUUUUUAUGACUUUCUUACUGAUGUUUCUGUAUGAGGAUAAACUAUAUAUGUGUGAAUGCAAAAGGUAAGGACGUCAGAAUAUAUAUAUAUAUAUAUACACACACACACACACACAUAUAUACAUAUGUGUGUAUGUGUGUGGGUUAAGUGUGAGAAUAAUGGCGGCUGGUGUGCAAGGAUGUUAAGUGCAAUAUUAUUUUGUUAGGAGAGAGUGAGCUUUGAUCAGUGUUAACGUGUGACAUUUUGAAUUUGUAGCACAAAGCAAAGAAAUGUUGAUGUGCUGCUCCGGCAGUUACGCAUGUAAAAAAGGACUUUAAGUAAAACAUACUUGGAGAA